AAUUUUAAUCAUACAAAAUUAGGGUUUCUAAUGAUGAAACUUGGUAUCGAGUUUCUCCCAUGGGAAAUUCAAGUAGAAAUCUUGUCGUGGCUUCCGGUGAAGACCCUCAUGCAAUUCAAGUGCGUUUGCAAAUCAUGGAAAUCACUCAUCUCUAACGACAAAUUGUUCAAAAAAAAUCACCUGCACAAAUCGGCCAGAAACAACCACUGCCUCUUCACCCUACAGGUAGGCGAGGGCUGCUACCACGAUGAAGACGAGGACCACUGCCUCGUUCCGUGCCCGGUGCGUCGUUUGGUUGAGGAUCCGUCAUCCUUGAUCGAUGAAGACGGGUGCUGCAAUUUGAAGGGCAAGUACUGGCUCAUUGACUCAUGUAACGGCUUGGUCUGUUUUCGCUACACUUGGGGUUAUACUUGGGGUUAUGAUUGCCUUCCGGGCAGGUUCCGGUUCUGGAACCCGGCUACACGCUUGUGGUCUAAAAAGUCGCCAACCCUUAUCAUGGACAGAAUGCUCUUUGGAUUCGGCUAUGAUGAUUCAAGUGACACUUAUAAGGUGGUGGGAAUUGCGAUUUCUCUUCGGGGCCAAGAGUGGCAUUGGGAGACAGCGGUUUAUUGUAUGGGUGAUAGUUGUUGGAGAGAGAUUUCGAGUAAACCUAGUUUCGGACUUUCGCCAAGGGGACGCACUGGCACUGGACUGUUUGCGGGUGGUUGUCUUAAUUGGUUAGCAGUUGAGGAGUUGAAAAGGCCUAAACAAAACCUCCAGCGGUUGCCAUUGGUGAUUCUUUCAUUUGACAUGCAUAAAGAGACUUAUAGAUCUUUUUCAUUGCAUGAAGAUAUUAGUGUUGUUAAUACACACCUUAGUGUUUUGGGAAAUUGUCUGUGCCUUUUUCAAGACCGUAAAGGAACCCAUUUUGAUGUGUGGCAAAUGAGAGAGUACGGUGUUCGAGAGUCUUGGACUCGAUUGGUGAGUGUCAGCUAUGAACAUCUUGAAGCUGAUAACUGUUCAAUGCUUAGGUCGUGGCCGCUGAUCUUCUUGGGUGAAGAUGGUGACAUCCUAAUGCUCAUCAGAAAUAAAAAUCUGGAUGUUAUGUUGUGUAAUCUAAGUGAUAAUAGUGUGAAAUAUGUUCAACGUCCUGCCAACAAACAUUGGAGGUGGGCCCAUGGUUAUGUAGAAAGUCUAGUUUCACCUUAUUAAGAUUAAGGUUAUUGUCAUGAUUUGGGUUGAAGGUUGGACCUGUACUGGUUUGUUUUCGAAUCUGAUCUGCUGUGUAUGCUGCUAAAUCAUCACUGCUCAAUUGGUUCCUUUCAAUCUGCUGCAUUGUAUCUGUUAAUGGUUUUCUGUCUUAUGCUGAAGGCUGGACCUGGACUGUUUUCUACCCUGUUCUCCUGUGCCUGCUGCUGAGUUUGAGUGCUGUUUGUGAACUCGCUGGAUUGGGGCUGCCUUUGCGUUUUCUUUGGGUGGAUGUAGCUUCUGUUCUUGCUUUUUUCUCCUUUUAUUGUUCCUAUGUAUCUUUGUUUACUUUAUUUCUUUCUAGCUUGCUGUCAAGGCUUUGGCCUUUUUAUUUUCUUGUCAUUCCACUGAUGCAGCGCUUUGUAUUGUUUUAAUUUAUGCUUUUUCUUCAUGUAAUCCCUUUUCGGUGCUUAAACUCUUGCCUACUUCAUGAGAAGGUUGUUCUCA